GAAGUUUAGUGAUUUUUUGACAAAUUUUAGGUGUACCUCUUUUUUUCGACUGAGUGUAUUUAUCGUUAUUAUAUUAAUCUCAAUACUAAAUUUUUAUUUUAUUAGUUAUUAUAAUAUAUAUUUUAAUUAAUGUAUGAUUUUCUUUAUUCGAAAGCAUCUACAUCGAAAAAUGUGCCUGUACAAAAGAAACGUAUAUUAGAGGAUAUCAAUGAUAUUGUAGUACUUACACCAAAGAAGGAAAUAAAGAAACUACAACUGGAAAAUGAAGAAAAUAAUAAUGAAAAAUUGUUGAAACUGAAACGAAUAAAAUCUAUAAUUGAUCGAGAGCAGCAAUUAGCAAAUUUAAAUAUACGACAUCAAGAAGUAAUUCAAAAACUUGAAAUAGACCAUCUCAAAGAAAAGUAUGCCUUGGAAAUUCGUGCAGCUACUGCUGCCGCUGAAUUAUCGGAAUUAUUACUUAAAGAAAAACAAAAUAAAUAAACGCGGUUAUUUUAUAUUUUUAUAAGUUUGAAUAAGUAUUUAAAAAAGUACAAAAAUUAUUUUUUAGUUUUAUAUAUUAUUGCUGUUACUAUGUAGUAAAUACUAUUAAAAAGAAUAAUAUUUUAUUUUAUACAAUAUUACUAUUACAUAUACGUAGUAAGUUAUAUCAAAAAGUACUACCAAAAAGAAUUAUUAUUUUAGUUUUACGUAUUACUUGUUAUGUAAUAUUAUGUGCAUUACUACUACUAUGCGAUGUUAUGUGAUAUUUAGUAUGUAAUUAUUUUUUUAGUUUUAAUUAAAAUCAUAUCUACCGUUAACGAUAAAAAAAAUUAAAAAAACCAAGAGUAUUUUAUUUGUCUGUAAUAAAAGUUACGUUGAAUGCAGUUUGUUUCGUUUUUAUCUUAUAAAUAAAUAAAAUGUGAUGGAUAUAAUAGUAAAAAA